CGAGAGGCAAAAGAAUAAAAAAAUCUUCAGAACCACCCUCGGAACCACCGCAUUUGGAAAUGACUUCGACCACCUACACCGUCACAGUCAUCAACGACAGUGCUGAUGCUUGGAAGUUUUACGUUUUCCAGCAGCCACCCUCCAUCGCAAACAAUCUCAGUUUGGCCUGGUUUGCUUCUCCCUACAAAAUCGCGCCAAAGGACCAAGUUCAAUUUCAAUGGAAUAUUCAGUACUCGUUUGUAUGGUCGGACACCGGAAUUGUAAAGCCAGGAGUAAAAUUUACGGCAACAGGGUUGAAAGACUGUGACCCCCAAAAUAAGAACCUCACAACUUUCGAUUUCAUAAAUGACACCCCCCAGCUCUCUGAUCCUACCUCGGGAGGGAUUGCCGGCAGCCUACUCAUCAAAGAUGGCCCUAGCGUUCCAUCGAAUAAAUUUGCAGUUGGCGUUGGCAUGUCGGGAAAAGGUACUUACGUUGUAAACGCAGGGCCCAACCUGAAACACAAAUUUACCGCUGACCCGCUGUACUUCGUUGUUGCCGCUGACGAAGUGGUAGAGGGUCAAGUUAUGGAUAUAACAACCAUCACUCAAUCCGGAUCUUUGAUUUUCCCCCCCAAUGUGCUCGAUCUGACGGCGACACUGUUAGCUGACAAUACGUGGAAAAUUACACCCGGCGCCUCGAAGAAGAAAACCAAGUGUUAACUUUUGACUAUGGAUACGACAGUAACGAACUAAUAUCUAUUGCUAAAUCAUUAUCCAUAUCUACUGCUAAACCAUAGUCAA